GAUCACAGAUCAGCGCGACCAGUGGUUUACACGGUUUAUAUAAACAGAACGUGUGGCUGUAUCAAUUAUUUCGUCAGUCGUACGGGUUCCAAGCAUAGGAGAUAAUAUUAUCUCUAUGUUCCUAAGUCAAUUAAACAACAGAGUUUACACAAACUGCACAUUGCUGCACCUGUGUCCGUAAAGACUUUGUGAAAGUGUAAUGAUGGAUUCGAAGGAAAUGAAUGGCAUAAAAGCUGGUAUGAAAGCCAGUAUCGACGACCCAGACGCGUUCGGAUGCACGAGAAACAGCGUCAGUCCUCUCGUGGGUCCUUUACAGACAGCACCCACAGAACGUUAUGCUACACAUUACAAUAUGAACCAUCAAAAACGUGGAUUAGCUAUUAUUUUUAACCAUGAAUUUUUCACUAUUAGACACCUUGGACCAAGAUCUGGGACAAAUGUAGAUUGUGAUAAUCUUGUCAGUACAUUGAAAAAUCUUGGUUUCGAAGUAAAAGAUUAUCAUAAUUUUACACACACCAAUAUAGUGAAAAAUUUAGAAGAAGUUGCCAAAAUGGAUCAUUCCCAACAUGACUGCCUAUUUGUAGCUGUAUUGAGCCAUGGAGAACAAAAUGUUCUUUAUGCUUACGACACUUCGUACAAGCCUGAUUCCAUUUGGUCUCAUUUUACAGCUGAUAAGUGCCCUUCUCUUGCCGGAAAACCAAAACUAUUUUUUAUACAAGCUUGUCAAGGAGAUAAAUUAGACAGCGGAUCGACGUUGAAAGAACGUACAGAGACCGAUGGUCUGCCGACUUCUACGUUCCGUAUACCGAAUCAAGCAGACUUCUUAAUCGCUUACUCCACGAUACCAGGCUAUUAUUCAUGGAGGAACACUACUCGCGGGUCGUGGUUCAUGCAAGCGUUGUGCCUCGAAUUGCGUGAAAACGGUUAUCGUUACGAUAUGUUAACGUUGCUCACGUUCGUGUGCCAACGAGUCGCUCUCGAUUACGAGUCGAACACUCCUGAUAAUAUUACGAUGCAUCAGCAGAAGCAAAUUCCAUGCAUCACUUCGAUGUUGACUCGGUUGGUAAAAUUCACUCCCAGAAAUGGAAUUGCCUAACCGUAGGCAGACAAAGAGAGAGAUUUAUGAAUUAUAUUUAGUAUAUUGAACAUCGCGUACCUUUGCAUUGAUUACAUUAUUAGGAUUUAAAGUAAUAUAUUAUCCAUGUAUAAUAUAUUAUCCUAUUUCUUAAUGUGAUUGCGUCGUAUUGCAUUUAAACGACGGCAUUUAUCUUUUACAAACUGCCAUUGCAUUAUGCAGAAUUUAUAUUAUAAGAUGAAAACGAUAGUGUAUAAUACUUAAAAGCAAUACCAUAGAUUAAUGCUCUAUACAAAUUUUUGUACUUGCCUGAAUUAAGACGUAAAUUUUAACACGUGUACCAUGAGAUUUAUUCUUAAGCAGAAAUUUACAACGAUACGUCUUUUAACGCUCAUCGAAUCAGUGGGAAGUUGCAUAAAAUGUAGUGAUGAUAGAAAAGUAUAUUGCUCUUCCGAACUUAUAAAAUGUGAGAAAUAAGUACAAAAAGAAGCUGCGGUGUUACAAAUCGAUUGCCUUCAUGAUCGCUACUUCAUGAACAAAAUUUAACGCGUGAUUCAUAUAUGAACAGUACAAUUUCGACGUUGUAUUUGAAAAGAAGGUAUUUUUUAAUUGUUACAAUGCGUGCAACUUAUGAAACUUGUAUAAAAUGAAUGAGUGGCCUGUCUUUUCGCAAUAAGCAAUAGUUUAAAGUUGAAGGAAGCAAGGAAACAUUCUCGACUAGGUACAAUGCAUCGUCACUUCAAGACCUGCGCUCCCCUUGUUAGCAGUAAACUUAACUGGUUAAAGUAAUCUUGUGAUAAGGUGCAAUUACAACGAAUAUUAAAAUUUGACUACUACUACUACUACUACUACUACUAGUACUACUACUACUACUACGGUAAUGCAUAUGGAUUAAGAGAAGCAAUUUGCAUAAGCUAUUGGAAUUGCUUAUACGUAAAGUGUUAUAUUGCGUUUGUUGUUUCGGAAAAGUUAUCAUCGAAUGAAUUAGAUACAGAUAUUUGUGAUUGAAUCGGCAUUAUUACGAUUUAUGAAAUCUUGAAGAAUGUGAUACAAGUCUUUCAUAAUACGAUGUUUAAUAUCGCUUUUUAAAAGCCUUUGAUUAAUUGUGAUCGCUAUGCAUUCAAUAUAGAUAUAAUUCAAUGUAUCAUCAUUGUGUACGUGAGUGAUUAAGAUACAUUGUUCCUUGCUCUAGGAAUAUGGAGCACCAUUUUCGGAUAUCUCAUCAUAUUUCAGAAAGUAAUCGCUCAAUAAGGUAUUAUUAAGAAUUUGCGAUACUUAUUGUGGCAUAUUGUGAUAACUGUGUGCUCGUGUGCUUUCGCGUUACACUUUUCAUGCACUUUUAUAUGCAAUUGUAUAACAACGUUUUGCAAUCUCUAUAUUAUAGAUUUUAUAUAAAUUUUUAAUACAUAUACGCGUAUUUCUAAUUCGAGUAUUUACUGAACUUCUAUGUACAAGAAUUUGUGAGCAAAUAUACAAGGUACAAUAAAGUUUAAAUAAAUAAAAAAAG